AACGUGUUCGGCAUAGUCAGAUUUUCUCACUACUCUUUAACAAUGGCGGAAAAUGGUGAAGUUGAUGUUCACGAUGUCCGAUCGCUGUUUUCCUCAUCUGAAAGAGAUUACCUUGUUCGGAACAACGGUGAUCAGGUUGCAAUUGCCACUCUACAAGGAAAAAGGUUGGGCUUAUAUUUUUCUGCAUCCUGGUGCCCCCCAUGUCAAAGGUUUACUCCAAAUCUAGUGGAUGUAUAUGAUGAACUUGUUGCAAAAGGCGAUUUUGAGGUUAUAUUCGUCUCAGCUGACGAAGACGUGGAAUCCUUUAAUGGCUAUUUCUCGAAGAUGCCUUGGCUUGCAGUUCCAUUCACGGAUUCCAAAACACGAGAGGCUUUAGACGGACGUUUUAAGGUCAAAGGAAUACCUCAUCUUGUCUUCCUCGAUGAAAAUGGGAAAGUUUUGAGUGAUCGUGGGGUCAUGCUCGUCAGUGAAUAUGGAGCAGAGGGGUACCCAUUUACUCCAGAACGGGUUAAAGAGAUUAAAGAACAGGAAGAAGAAGCCAGGAGGAAUCAGUCUUUGAGGUCCAUCCUUGAGUCUCCAUCUCGUGACUUUGUCAUCACAGCUAAUGGCAACAAGGCACUUGUUACCAACCUUGAAGGGAAGACGGUCGGUUUGUAUUUUUCUCUGUCUUCGUUCAAGAAAUCCUCUGAUUUUACUGGUACACUUGUCAAAACAUACAACGAACUGAAAGCAAAAGAAGAGAAUUUUGAAAUCAUAAUGAUUCCCCUCGAUGAUGAUGAAGAAUCCUUCAAGAAAGAGCUUGAUGGUGUGCCUUGGUUAUCGCUUCCAUUCAAAGACAAGAAAUGUGAGAAGCUAGUUCGGUAUUUUGAGCUCUCAACACUCCCCACUUUAGUCAUUAUUGGUCCGGAUGGGAAAACUCUUCAUCCCAAUGUUGCCGAUGCCAUUGAAGAACAUGGUGCCAAUGCCUACCCUUUUACGCCUGAUAAGUUCUCAGAGCUUGAGAAGAUAGAGAAGGCCAGACUGGAAGCACAAACUUUUGAAUCGGUCUUGGUCUCGGGAGAUCUUGAUUUUGUAGUCGGAAAAGAUGGAGUGAAGAUCCCUGUAUCUGAUCUGGUCGGUAAAUACACCCUGCUGUACUUCUCUGCUCACUGGUGCCCACCAUGCCGGGCUUUCACUCCAAAACUUGUUGAAACAUAUCAUGAGAUCAAGGCUAAACAUGAUGCGUUUGAAGUGAUCUUCAUCUCCAGUGACAGAGACCAAGCUUCAUACGAGGAGUACUAUGCUACCAUGCCAUGGCUGUCACUUCCAUUCGGUGAUAAGAGGAAACAGUCACUGAGCCGCGUCUUCAAAGUCAACGGCAUACCGUUGUUGGCAGCGUUAGGACCAACUGGAAAGACGAUCACAACAGAGGCUAGAGGACUAAUCAUGCUUCAUGGUGCUGAGGCAUUCCCGUUCACGGAUGAACGUAUGGCAGAGAUCGAAGCUGAAUAUGCUGAAAUGGCAAAAGGAUGGCCCAACAAAGUGAAGCAUGAGCUACACGAAGAGCACGAGCUUGUUCUCACUCGAUCACAAGGGUAUACAUGUGAUGAGUGCGACAAAGAUGGAAAGAUUUGGGCUUAUAGUUGUGAAGAAUGUAACUUCGAUCUUCAUACCGAAUGCGCUCUCAAAGAAAGUAAUGGGAAAAAGGAGACAGAGACGGAGACGGAGACGGAGAAAGCUAACGAGGGGUGGAUAUGUGAUGGAGAAGUUUGUUAUAAGGCUCCGUAAACGGGUCUUGUGUUAAAAUGUAUGGCUAUAAAACUAUGGUUCUCAUCUCCCGACGCUAGUGUAAUGUAAUGUGUGUAUUUUGGUGAUGUGGUUAGUCCUUGAGUUUCCCAGGUGUUGUUGGAUCCAAUUAUGGUUACAAUGUGUUAUUGUUAGCAAGUCUGUAGAGAUCUGUGGAUGGUAAUUUGCUGCAAUAAAAUGGUUACAAUGUGUUAUUCUAAAA